UCUAGAAGCUACUAUUCUCGUGCUGUUAGGUUAUUAAUUACACGUAUUCGUGUAUAAGUAAUAAUAUUGAAUAUAUAAAUUAAAGAUUAUAGAUUCAAUUAAAAUAAUUAAGGUAAGCAUCAAAUUUCAUGUUCAUAAUUUUUUCUGAUACGAUUAACGUGAUUACAAUCGCUGACACUAUGUGCGCAGACUAUAUGCGCAAUGCGAUGUCAACAAUUUGUAAUAUAAGAUGCGAGACGUGACUUUUGCGUUGCACAUGUAUAGAUGAAAUGUGUAUAUUUUAUUAUUAUUUACGCGUUGAUGAAAUAAUGCACUAAUUCGGAACCUAUUUUCAAGUAAAGAACAAGGUUGCAUCGUAAUAGAAAUUAUUCGUUCGGGUAUACUGAAUCUGUGACAAAAUUAAGAUAAAAUGGCUGGUCAACAACAUCCCUUCCCAUCUGGAUUUCCCAAUGUACAACAAUCUGCAAUGAGGACACAAUUUGGUGGAGGACAAAUGGUAUCUGGUUUAAUGGGUCCACAACAAGGCAGUAUGGUAAAUCCUCAACAAUUUGGAGUUGGUGUAGGUGGAGUAGGUUCAAAUACUAUGGGUAUGCCAAGCGCUCAACAAGUAUUAGCACAGCAGCAACAACAACAACAAUCUGUAGCAAUGCAACAGCAAGUACAACAGAUGCAACAGCAACAAUUACAAUUGCAGCAACAGCAACAAGCUGCAAUGGUUCAACAAAAUAAUCAGACAGGCAAUCAAGCUACCACGCCACAAACUCCUGUACCUCCCACACAACCACCACCUCAACAACAGCAACAAAACAAAGAAUUUAAUACUGUCAGUUUAUGCAGGUUUGGUCAAGAAACUGUGCAAGAUAUUGUCAGUCGUACCUUGGAAGUUUUUCAAACACUGAGGGUUCUCCAACCACCAAAUGGUACAGCACAAGGAGCAAGUUUAUCUAAUGAAAAAAAGGCUAAAGUACAAGACCAAUUAAGAACACUAAAAUUAUUAUUCAAACGUUUAAGACUGAUUUAUGAAAAAUGUAAUGAAAACUGUCAACUUCAAGGAAUGGAAUAUACGCAUAUAGAAAGUUUAAUUCCUUUAAAAGAAGAAUGGGAUAUGAAAUCUGAUGAGAAAAAGACAUCUGAAGCUUACAGACUUGCUUGUGAGGAGAGCAAGGAAAUUAUAGAGCAAGUUGUACUAAAAAAUAGACACCUUAAAGAAAUCAUUGAUCAUUUACGACGCAUUAUUUUAGAAAUAAAUACAAUGUUAAACAUGCGUCGAUCCUAACUCAUGAAUUGUACAUAAAUAUUUAUAUAAGUUAUUAAAAAAGAUAUGUUAAAAAUAAAAGUAUUAUUUCAUAUGUAACUUA